AUGGCAGACCAUCCAUCUGAUUGUCCGCAGUAUUGCUGCUCGGAUUUUGCAAACUUCCUCAAUGACCUCCUUGCAGAACACCCAAAGCCAGAUCUCAAGAAUGACAUCCAUCCACUGUUGACCUACGACAAGUUCCCCAUGAUUAGCGAAGAGGGAUACCGUAUGCUGGAGUUGACUCUGCGUCUCGCUACGAAGAUGCUAGAAGAUGACCGAACUGUCGAGUACGUCGUUACAACCGUUGAUGGAUCCCUCCAUCUGGACCAUGAUGUUGCUUCCAAGCCAGGCCGAGAAGUCACAUAUGCAGAGAUCGACGCACAGCCAAAUGCAAAAGAUGCUGCCGGGAUCUCUACUACAAGACUUUUGCGUUACCCUCGCGCACGACUCGUGGCAAACGAUCAGCUCACUGCUCCAGUUUGGGUAACAGACGACAUGCGACAACGGGCAAGGGAUAUCCUACGCACUCUUGCUGAAGUUUUGGAGCGCAUCGACGUCGUAGAUAUGUUCGGCGAAGGUAGAACAAAUACCACCAACGGUAUCCUCUCCCCCGCAGCCCAGAAGAUGUUCCCUCGAGGCCAGAUGGCCAAGAUAACUUUCUCUCAAACCACCAUUGGGGCGUUCUUGCAGUACAAAGACCCUCACUGUCCCCAGGCUUUAGCGGAGCAGUAUAUCCUCGCCAGGAGUUUCGUGCAUGAACUCGCACAUGUUUUGAGCCAGGCUGUGAAUGGUGCACGUCAGGAGGAGGUGUACUACAAAGACUGUGUUCUUGCUGAGGCGGGAUUCGAUCUAGAGAAUGCACUUUUCGGAGGGAUUGCAAGUAUGCACCAGAUGGGAGAGUAUACGGAACAUCCCAAGGAUCUUACUGGACAGGCUGUCAUUCAGGAACUGUAUCCUACAGGACGUCUGAGCAAACAGUAYGCCGGGAAUGGCGCUUCCGUCGGCCAGAGAGCUGAGCUGGAUGAAUUUUGUACUGUCCAGAGGAUCCCAUGGCUGUUCAUGACGACCAUGUUUACGGAGAAGUUUUGGAGAGAGGACGUACCGAAUAUGGGAAGUGGGCCCAUUCAGCCGAAGAAAAAGGUUCGGUGGGUUAUCAAGUUGGUGUUACCGGGUGAGGAAGUUCUGCUGCAAGACGGGAAUCAGAUGAUGGCGGACGCGCCAAUGAUUAUUACUUGUAGUCCGACGGAUAGGAGUUUACCGAUCAGGGUACAGGAGGUGCUGAAGGGAAUCAAGCGGACUCAGCGGCGGGUGCAAGCUCAAGUGUAG